GUUAAAAAGGAAGAAAGACAAAAAGUUUUAUGGUUGUAAUCAGAGUUAGUUUGUUAACAAGAACGAUCCAUUAUAGAUUUCUCUGUCUCAUGUCUUUAUAAAAGUUUAUCUUUCGUAACAAGUUUCAGACGAGUUCGAUUCUUCUUCCUCCUGCUCCGUUUAUCGAAAAGUUCCUCAUCAACCUUUGUCCAGACCACGAAGCCACGUCAACAAUGGCGGAGGAGGAGGAUCUCUUGCGUGCCGAUUCGCAAGCAAAUGGGAUCGUACUUCGAGUCUGCUUCAAAGGUCUCAAUCUCGCGAAUACACGCUUUCCAUAUCUAAAUUUACACGGAGAACCUGCACCGCCAGAUUAUUUUCUUUUUCCGGUGAAGAAUUCUCCGAGAAUAUCGACGACGAUUACGAUGUUCAUUACAACAGUAAUGCCACUGGAUCUAAACAAUUCUCUGAGAAAGACAGCGUCGGCGCCGGUGAGCUCAGUUAUCAUGGUCAGGGACGACAGAGCAAGAGGAAAGAAUGAGGGAAGAGGCGAGCCUGUGGCGAUGUAUGGUAGAAGAAGCAAGGAAGAUGGAAGGUGGUUUCAGGGACAACGAAGAAGGCGGCGGCAUUGACAUGGAAACCAUGAAGCGGUUCGUUUCGCCGGUCCGGGCUGAAAUUGAACCGGACGAUG